CACCACCAUCCUUCCUGUCUCACAAGACUGUAACCUUGGCGUUAUCCUCAACUCAUCUCUCUCAGUCGUCCCACGCGUUCGACGUCACCGGAUCCUGUUGCUUCGGCCUUCACGACAUCGCUAAAAUCCACGCUUUCCUCCACCCAAACAGCGACAGUGCUGAUCCAAAGUUCUUGGCUCCUGGCUCAGCUCCUCCUGGUGAAUCACGAGUCCCGCAGAGAGAACCUUGUGCUCCGUGUUGGUGGAGGCCUGGAUCCUUUACCCCUGACGUGCUCUGUGACCUUGGGCCCCGUCGGCCAUGGCCACGGCCGCGGUCCAGAAGAUGAGCCGCUUCUUCCCCAGCCCGCGCCAGGUCUGGAAGCUGCCCGGGCUGCUGGCCGCCCUGGCCGCGCCCGAGCCGGGCAGCACGGUGGGCCGGGCCGAGGUGCCCCGCCUCUUCUGGAAGCCCCACAUCUACUCGGGCUACCGGCCGCUGCACCGCGCCUGGCACUUCUACUUCCUGAGCCUCUUCCAGACGCACAACGAGGCGGUCAACGUGUGGACCCACCUGGCGGCGGCCCUGGCCCUGCUGCUGCGCCUGGCCCGCUUCGCGGGCACGGUGGACUUCGUGGGUGACCCCCACGCCCGGCCGCUCUUCCUCAUCGUGCUGGCCUCCAUCACCUACCUGCUGCUCAGCGCGGCGGCCCACCUGCUGCAGGCCAAGUCCGAGUUCUGGCACUACAGCUUCUUCUUCCUGGACUACGUGGGCGUGGCCGUCUACCAGUUCGGCAGCGCCCUGGCCCACUUCUACUACACCAUCGAGCCCGCCUGGCACGCCCGCGUGGCGGCCGUCUUCCUGCCCGCCGCGGCCUUCCUGGCCUGGCUGUCCUGCGCCGGCUCCUGCUACGCCAAGUACCGCCAGCUGCCCGGCCUGCUGGGCCACGUGUGCCAGGAGAUGCCCUCGGGGCUGGCCUACGCCCUGGACAUCAGCCCCGUGGUCCACCGCAUCUACGUGGCCCAGGAGCUGGGCCGCGAGGACCCGGCCAUCCUCUACCACAAGUGCCAGGUCCUCUUCUUCCUGCUGGCCGCCGCCUUCUUCUCGGCCUGCUCGCCCGAGAGCUGGUUCCCGGGCAAGUGUCACCUGUUCGGCCAGGGCCACCAGCUGUUCCACGCGUUCCUGGUGCUGUGCACCCUGGCGCAGCUGGAGGCCGUGGCGCUGGACUACGGGGGCCGGCGGGCCGUCUACGAGGGGCUGCACCGCCACCCGCCCCACGACUUCUCCGCCCUCUUCCUGCUGACCGUGGCCUGCAGCGUCCUCACCGCCCUCUACAUGAGCAGCCGGGUGCGGCGGGAACUGAGCCGCAAGGAGGACUGAGCCCCCUCGAUCCUUUACCCUUGAUCUCAGGGGUGAGCCAGAGGGCUUCACCGCGUGCCCCUGACUGCCACUCUGGUGUAUACACACAGGCACACCUGCACUCGUCUUCAACUGUACAUAAACAUCUGCACUCUUACCUGUACGCACACCCUCGUACUCAUAUUUACCUGUAGACACACACUGCACUCGUACUCGCCUAUACACACACACACACACACACACACACACGUAUUCGUCGGUACACGCGCACCUAUACUCGUACACACAUACAAACACACCCGUCCACAGCCCGCGAUCGAUCGCCCCUCGCUUAGAAGGCUGAGUCAACUGGCCCGUGGGGCAGAUUGGCACGGCUAAGGUCAGCGUGGCCGGCAGACCGCCAAGAGCGUCCGUCUCUCACCUUCCCCCUGUCCCUCAGGUAACUCCCAGACCCUGUAGACUCCAGCCCCUUCCCACCCCGGGCCCCCUCCGCCCCUAAGGAAGCUGCGUCCUCCGCUGGGCCUCGGUGGGGCCGUUAUCCCUAGCCACACUCUGCUUCCUCUCCUUCCGGCCCCGGGGACCUUGGGCACUGUGGGGCGACAGCUACGCACCGGGCCCGGAUUGGGGGGUGGACAGCGGGAGUCCCCAAUCCCGGCGGGGAGGUGGGCUAGGGGAGCGCGGGGGCCGCGAUCGAGGCCUGAGGGGGGUUGAGGGGCAGAGUCCCGGGUGGGCCUGGGGCUCUCGCUCUGCCCCGAGGGGGAAUCUACCAAGUCAAGGUUCUUCCUAGUCCCGCUUCUCCCCUUUCCCCUUUGCUCUCCCCCCCCACCCCGCCCCAUUUCUGGCUGUCUCCCUGCUGGCUGCCCUAACCUUCCCCGCCCCCUCCUCCUCCUCCGCACCGAAUGGAUUUUUCAGAUCAUUUCCCCCGGCGGCCGCAGUGGACUCUGACCCCGUCCAGCCGCUGUCCCGGGGCUCGGGGGACCCCUCCCCGGGAGUGGGGACCGCAGCCAGUUUUCGCGGUGCGGACGGCCCCUCCAGCAGACGGAGCACCGUGCCGCAACAAGAACUGAAAGGCACCAUCCCUGCCCUCUCAAGGAACCUAGAGCCUCGUGGGGGAGGCGUUUUGACAGAUUCACAGCAGAAUAGAUAUAAAUGAGGGACUAGUGAAUAAUUAUAAUCAGACAAGUUCACGAGUGCCGAGGUGCUGAUGAGGGUGGUUAUGAUGUGUGAAGCGGGGUGUCGAUGAGGGAAGGGUCCUGGGUGGAGGAGGUGGCGAGGUAGGUGGCCCUGUAGGUGGAGAGGGAAGUGGUUUGGUGGUUGAAAUGGGGAGGAAGCUCCAAGCAGGGGAACAGGGGUGAGGAGGGGGUCGGAGGGAGGUGGGAGACGGAAGAAGAGGGGAGGUUUAGGCGAGGGGCGGGCUGGACUGUGUUCUGGGUACCAGGAGCUGCCCAUCACAGGGCACGGAGGGGGCAGCGCCGAGGAGGAUCCGCAAGAAACGGGCAGAGGCUUCCAGCCUGAGGCUGGGCGAAACGGCCCCGGCCAGCGACUUCCUCUUUCCUGUCCAAGUCCCAUAUUUCACCAGCCGGGCCUCGGGGGCCCCUGGGGAGGAAGCCAGGCAGGCUGGGCCAGGAACGGGGUGGCCUUAAGGGGACUCCUGGGGCUGAACUGAGAGUUGCCCCCACAGGGUGGGGGAGGAGGAGGGGAGGGAGGGCAAACCCAGCUGUUCCCGGGGACACUUUCCAGACCCGCUUCUAACCUGACCCCAGAACCCCCCCUUAUGCCCCCGGGGGUUACCUAAUUCCCUGAUCUCUCAUCUCCCCACCCUAUCUUCCCUCCCUAAUUAGGUACUCACCCCCCUCCUGCCCCCACAGCAUUUAUGGACAAAUCUUUAUACUAGGCCGCUUCCUCUAUCUGCAGUUACUCUCCCUCGCCGGGUUGUAAGCUCCUCGAGGGUGGGGAUUGUGUCUCCUUACUCUACCUUUCUCUCCCACCACUUAGUCCAAUGCAGUGAGCGUGCAAUAAAUAUCAGUGAUUGGUG